UCGCUCCCGGCUCCUCCCCGCCCCAGCCGGCUCCAGUCUCCUCGGUGCAGGCUCCGCACUGCAGAUGCCAGCCCGCCUUCGGGUGCUCAGUGGCCCCCGCCGCGCCUUGCCGGUGCUCUGGGCUCCCGAGCUCGGGCUGCGCUCCCGCGGCUCCCGAGGGCGGCCUCGCCCGGAGCUUUGCGUGCGAAGCCGUUCCGCCGGCCGGGCAGCUGGGGCCGAGGCGGACGGUGCCCCGAGCGCUUUCGGAUGCGGCAGGACAAGCUCACCAGCUCUCUGCGGCGCGGGGGAAGAUGCCCGAAGCGCCAGGGUGGCGGCGGCGGCGUGGGCACCAUCCUGAGCAACGUGCUCAAGAAGCGCAGCUGCAUCUCUCGGACCGCGCCCCGGCUGCUCUGCACCUUGGAGCCGGGAGUUGAUACAAAAUUGAAGUUCACUCUUGAGCCUUCUUUAGGUCAAAAUGGUUUUCAACAGUGGUAUGAUGCGCUCAAGGCAGUAGCCCGACUGUCGACAGGGAUCCCAAAGGAAUGGAGAAGAAAGGUUUGGUUGACCUUGGCAGAUCAUUACUUGCACAGUAUAGCCAUCGACUGGGACAAAACUAUGCGCUUCACUUUCAAUGAGAGGAGCAAUCCUGAUGAUGACUCAAUGGGCAUUCAGAUAGUCAAGGAUCUGCAUCGCACGGGCUGUAGUUCCUACUGUGGUCAAGAGGCUGAGCAGGACAGGGUCGUAUUGAAGCGGGUUCUGCUGGCCUAUGCCCGAUGGAAUAAGAAUGUUGGGUACUGCCAAGGCUUCAACAUCCUAGCUGCACUGAUUCUGGAAGUGAUGGAAGGCAAUGAGGGGGAUGCACUGAAGAUUAUGAUUUACCUGAUUGAUAAGGUACUUCCUGAAAGCUAUUUUGUCAAUAAUUUGCGGGCACUGUCUGUGGAUAUGGCUGUCUUCAGAGACCUCUUGAGAAUGAAGCUCCCUGAACUAUCUCAGCACCUGGAUACCCUUCAGAGAACAGCAAACAAAGAGAAUGGAGGUGGAUAUGAGCCCCCACUCACCAAUGUCUUCACGAUGCAGUGGUUUCUGACUCUCUUUGCCACAUGCCUCCCUAACCACACAGUUUUAAAGAUCUGGGAUUCAGUCUUCUUCGAAGGUUCAGAGAUCAUCCUAAGGGUGUCCCUCGCUAUCUGGGCAAAAUUGGGAGAGCAGAUAGAAUGUUGUGAAACAGCAGAUGAAUUCUACAGCACCAUGGGAUGCCUUACCCAAGAGAUGUUGGAGAAUGACCUUCUACAGAGCCAUGAACUCAUGCAGACUGUUUAUUCUAUGGCUCCAUUCCCUUUCCCGCAGUUGUCAGAGUUGAGGGAAAAGUAUACCUACAACAUCACACCAUUCCCGGCCACAGUUUCUGGGCGACAUGGAAAGGUCAGAGACAGUGAUGAAGAGAAUGAUCUAGACGAUGAAGAUGCUAUUGCUAGUGCUGUGGGAUGUCUCGGUCCUUUCAGUGGGCUCCUGGCACCUGAGCUGCAGAAGUACCAGAAGCAGAUUAAAGAACCAAAUGGGGAGCAGAGCCUGAGAGCCAACAACAUUGCAGAGCUGAGCCCAGGAGCGAUCAAUUCCUGUCGAAGUGAAUACCAUGCGGCAUUCAACAGCAUGAUGAUGGAACGGAUGACCACAGACAUCAAUGCCCUGAAGCGGCAGUACUCUCGAAUUAAAAAGAAGCAACAGCAGCAGGUCCAUCAGGUGUAUAUCAGGGCAGACAAAGGGCCAGUGACCAGCAUUCUUCCAUCUCAGGUAAAUAAUUCUCCAGUGAUAAACCAUCUUCUUUUAGGGAAGAAGAUGAAAAUGUCAAAUAGAGCUCCCAAGAAUGCAGUCAUUCACAUCCCUGGCCACACAGGAGGCAAAAUAUCUCCUGUUCCAUAUGAAGACCUUAAGACGAAGCUCAAUUCUCCGUGGCGGACUCAUAUCCGAGUUCACAAAAAGAACAUGCCAAGGACCAAGAGUCACCUGGGCUGUGGGGACACCAUAGGACUGAUAGAAGAACAAAAUGAGGGCUGCAAGGCCAGCAGCCUGGGGGCAGCUGAGGAGCUCCGCUCUGGUUGCGCAACAGCAGCUCACAGUGGGGGCAGCAGCUCUGAAGGUGGUACGGUGAGGACAAUUGAGGGACAGUCUCCAGAGCCAGGAUUUGGGGAUGCUGAUGUUGAUGUAGCUUCAGUUCAGGUGAAGUUAGAAGCCUUGGAACUGAGCCAAAGGGAUGCCACUGCAGAAACUGAGCCCAAGAGGCACCUUGCUUGCCAGCAACAUGUCACAGAGCCAGCCGAUGUCCCUAGAGAAAACCAAGCUUUCAGUAAGCCUCCCCCGGGCAGCAACUCGAAGACCCCCAUCUUUAGCCCUUUUCCUAGUGUCAAGCCACUGCGGAAGUCAGCCACGGCCAGGAAUUUGGGGUUAUAUGGUCCUACAGAAAGAACCCCAACUGUGCACUUUCCUCAGAUGAGCAAGAACUUCAGCAAAUCCAGUAGUGGGACCAGCAGCACCAAGAAACGAUGAUGCUGCCCAGCAGCCCAGUGUCUGCUCACAUGGGCAUGGUGGCAUAAGGAUGCCAGCUGCACCUUCCUGUUGUGUUUGUCCAGUGAAAAUGAAUGGAGAGGUUCAGAGACGAGCAUCAACAGCCCAUCAAAGUGGGCAUUGGAAGUUUUAUACUUUGAACGAGGAUAGGGAUGUUUCCUCAUCUGCUUGGCAACUGAUGAAGUGGAUUCUUGUGGCAUAAUAAAUCUUGUGCUUUUCAAGUGUGGAGUUUUCCCAUUUCCUUGUGAGAUCUUUAGAAAAGAUGAUAUAUAGACUGUUAAGCUCUCUUCUGGCCUUCUCGGGGUCCUGGUGACAACACACUCCCCUAACCUUCCAGUUCUCUGGAUAUUACUAAUUCUUAAGCAUGAACACACCAGCUUGCUAGAACUGAAAUUGUAGAAAGAAAGUUUCUUAGUUGCAGAAACUUCCCGAUAU